CUGUCCCCCUUUACUUUCCCGGUCACACACACAGACACAGUCGUUACUGAUGUAUCAACAUCUCUGUACGCUUUAGUGUGCAACAACUACUUCACUUUCUCUCUCUGUCACCGGAUCUCAUCUUUAGUUUCACUUCAUGCCCAUGGCUGAUGCCACCAAAUACGUUCCCAUCGGUGGAACCAACAUGGCCAUAGACCUCAAAAACCUCUUCUCCAUUCUCAGAGCCAGAAAAACAGUAGCUUUUGCCUAUGCUUUUAUGCUUGUCUUCGUUUCUUUCACUGUUUUCUUAGCCUUCUCACCCUCUCCAAACGCUUCCUCUCCCUGGUUCACCAACAUAUUCUCCUCUUCCUCUGCCACGACUACCACACCUACUUCAUACAAAUCUCAACUUGCUUCCAUUUUCUCCUUCUUUUUCCCAAACAAUACUUCACCCCCUAUUUUUAAUUAUCCCACUGAUCCCCUGCAGAACAACACUAACACUUCUAGAUCUAGCAAUGCCACUUCUCAAUCUUCUAUUCCCAACACAAGUACUAAGACACUCACACCAACCUCUUUAGAAAACCCAACACAAACCUCGGUAAAUUCAUCCCAUGAUGCAGUUCCUGUUCCACGCACAAACCACACCACAAAUUCUCCUGUUGUAACUAAAGAAGCGUCGGGUGUCAAAAAUCACACCGAUGAAGCUAAAGCCACGAACACAAAUGCUUCUGCCCCUGCAACCAAUGUUUCAGUGGCUUCACCUAUUCAGAAAGUUCCAGUGGGGUCUCAUCAGAACUCGAGUUUUAAUUCUUCGGCAAAGGGUGUUGUGUCGAGUAAUAAUUACACGGCUUCACUAGCCAGAAAACAGAGCAAUGGGAACAAUCACGCUAAGGGGGAGGAUGACUUGAUGGAGUCUUUGAUCAAGUGUGAUUUUUUUUAUGGAGAAUGGGUUAAGGAUGAUUCUUAUCCUCUCUAUGCCCCAGAUUCUUGCUCUUUGAUUGAUGAACAGUUCAAUUGUAUUCGGAAUGGAAGGCCUGAUAAACAAUAUCAGAAAUAUAAGUGGAAGCCCAAGGACUGCAGCCUCCCAAGGUUGGAUGCCCAUCGAAUGUUGAAUUUGCUGAGGGGCAAGCGGUUGGUUUUUGUUGGCGAUUCCCUCAAUAGGAAUAUGUGGGAGUCUAUGAUUUGCAUUUUGAGAAAUGCUGUGAAGGAUAAGAGCAAAGUUUAUGAAGCAAAUGGAAGGGUCCAUUUUAGAGGCGAAGCCUCUUAUUCAUUUAUAUUCAAAGAUUAUAACUUCUCCGUGGAACUCUUUGUAUCCCCAUUCUUAGUUCAAGAGUGGGAAGUUCCUGAUAAGAACGGGACGAAGAAGGAAACACUUCGUCUCGAUUUAGUUGGUAAAUCAUCUUCUCAAUACAAAGAUGCAGAUAUUAUUGUCUUCAACACUGGGCACUGGUGGACUCAUGAUAAAACUUCCAAAGGGAAGGACUAUUACCAAGAGGGUAGCCAUAUUUAUGAUGAAUUAAAUGUUCUUGAGGCAUUCCGAAGAGCAAUUACCACCUGGAGCAGGUGGGUUGAUGCCAACAUAAAUCCAUCUAAGACCAUGGUCUUCUUCAGAGGGUAUUCUGCUUCCCAUUUCAGUGGUGGACAAUGGAAUUCAGGUGGACAAUGUGAUAGUGAAACUGAUCCCAUUGAUAAUGAGAAGUACUUGACAGAGUACCCACCUAAGAUGAGAGUUUUGGAGAAAGUGCUAAAGUAUAUGAAAACCCAUGUGACCUACCUAAAUAUCACUAGAAUGACAGAUUUCAGGAAGGAUGGUCAUCCCUCAAUAUACAGGAAGCAAAAUCUAUCACCUGAGGAAAGAAAAUCACCAUUGAGAUACCAAGAUUGCAGUCAUUGGUGCCUUCCGGGUGUUCCUGAUUCUUGGAAUGAAAUUCUCUAUACUGAACUUCUUAUACGAGAGUAUCGGAAUAAGCAUCAGCAGAAGAAAACAUAGGUAAUAAACUACCAAACUUGUGCCUCAUAUUCAAUGAGUUAACGAAUACACAAUUUUUGUCCCACCAAUAUCCCAGGAUAGUGAAAGAAAGAAACCAUACGGAAAAUGCCUUUUCUAGUUUAUUUAUAGGUUAAAAAGUGUUAAGUGAAAAUGUUAUAUAUAAUUAAGCUGAAGCGAGCCUUGAAACUUUGCAAUAAAAUUGUUCAUAUGAAUGGCAUAAGGUGGUGAGGAGAGGAGAGAAUAGGAGGGUGGUUUAGUUUGUCAAUGUAGAUCAUCCCUUCUUUUACAUCUUCAUUCACUUGCUAGCCUGAAAGGCUGAUUCCUAUUGUAAAUCUGUAAUCAAUUAGAUUUUGUUUAAUAUUAUAAAUUAUUAAUUUAUUGAGC